CAGAUCUCGGAAAGGUUGUUGGCUGGGCCCUGGCCUGGGAACGAAUCAUUGGACGAUCGCGGGUGUUUCAGUGUCUGAGUGAUCGGUGCAAAUUGACCAAACUGGAACCACUGGCUGAUAGUGAGCUCUUUUUUUUUUUUACGACGAGUUCGGUGACAACGGACGGCACGAUUCUCGGUCCCCAGGCCAGCGUCAUCGCGUCAAUUAGUCGUGGGUCUUCAGGAUCGCGAUCGAUCGAUCGUUCUGAGCGUAAAACAUAGUGAAACCGUGUGUGUUUACGCCGUGUGCAUUAGUGUAUGCUCCGUGGAGAUGGUGUGUAGUAGUGCCGCUUAGUGUAACAUCGGAACAGAGGAAACCCCUGGCAAAAGUCUCCAGUCGCCGUAGCUGCACUCGACCAGUCAUAGCUGAAGCAGUACGGCUGGCCAAAGUUAGCGAAACUUGCUUCCUGAUCAUCUUCAAGAUGUGCACAAUUCGCUCAGCAGCAGAGCUGCUGCUGCUCGUGGCGGUAUCACUAGUGCUGAUAGCCGCACCUACCGCAGGCCAGCUGAAACAAAACCAUGGCCUCAACCAGCAGCAGAAUCCUGGGGAAAUUGCCCCGCAGCGAUACUCCGAAAAGGUGCUGCUCGUCUCGGACAGUGUCACGAACCUGGCGCAGCGCAUUGCACGGGCCAUCUCGAGCCAGAAGAGCAAAACGGAGAUCUUCUCCCCGGUUAGCAUUGCCGGUGCGAUGUCGCUCCUGCUGCUCGGUUCCGCCGGUCAGACGCAAAAGGAGCUACUGAGGGUGAUGGGUCUCGAGCAGAACGGAAUAACCUUCAAGGACAUCCACAUGGCAUUCGGCCGGCUGUUCGAGGAUCUGGUGUCGAACGAGGCGAGCCUCGAGCCGCUCGUCCACUGGCGCCGGAACGACAAGUGUAACCGCGUCGAUAGCGAGGAGGACGAAGACGACGAUUAUCCGCCGGCAUCCAGUGCAAACGAAUCGCCGCCGCAUCGGAUUUCGGUGGCAAAUGGAUUGUUUCUGCAGAGUGGCCUGAGCCCGUCGUACACUUUCCUCAACCUCUCAAACCACUUUUAUAAGGGCGACAUCACAAAUCUUGACUUUGCGUCCGAUUCCACUGGGUCAGCCGCAUACAUGAACGAUUGGGUCGCAAGGGCGACCAACGGCAAGAUCCGGAAUAUCGUCCAACCUAUACUGUUGCGCGGGGCGCAGCUGAUUGUGGCCAGUGCCCUCUACUUUAAGGCAAAGUGGGAAUCACAGUUCUGGACCCGCGAAACACGCCCUCGUCCCUUCUAUCCGAACGGUGAGCUCGAACCACCGAUCGAAGUGGACACCAUGACCACGAUUGCCUGCUUCCCGUACUUUAACGGCCACCAGGAGUACGGUGUGGAGAUCUUGGGAUUGCCCUACGAGACGGGCAAAUCGACGAUGUACAUUAUUCUGCCGAAGGAUUCGAAUCGAGCCAAGGUACAGCAGGUAGUGGCCACCCUCGGUGCACCACAGCUCAACUGGUUGAUCAAUCGCAUGGUCUCGAAGAAGGGCAGAGUGAGGAUACCAAAGAUGUCUAUCGCGAAUCGCUUGUCGUUGCGAAGUGUACUGCAGCAGCUCGGUGUUAACGAUCUGUUCGAUCCAGCGCGAAGCAAUCUGUCCAACGUGCUGCAAGAUUCGGCCAUCAAUGGAAAUCUUGACCAGUUCAACGAAUACUUCCAACCGACACGGGUACAAACGCCCGCUCCGAGACCACCGAUCCCAGUUCCGACCACGACGGUGCGACCCUUGGUUCAACAACCGAAUCGGCCCCAACCUCAGCAGCCGAUUCAACAACCUCAGCAGCGACCACAGGCUGCACCUUCUGUACAACCCCUGGCACCCACUACCGGCAUUGUCACAACGCAGUGGAACGAACAGGAGUGCGCACUGGUCGAGAACUGCAUCUUUACACCGGCCAAGGGUUGCGUAUGCACACAUCAGCCGGUGCAGCGCGAUGAACCGAGCACCGAAUGUGGUGCCAAGGUGGCAAACCAUUAUUACGAUAGAACGGAUAAAAAGUGCCGUUUGUCUGUCAAGAUUAAUCAGCAGGAGUCGUUCAUUUGUGUCAAGCGCGGAUACAAGCCUGUGCAACAGUUACAAAACCAGCCAGCGGUCUGUGUGGCCAAUCCUGCCUGUAAAUAUCUUUGGUCAGAAUGUUUCUGCUGUCAGUCGCAAUUCCUUACUCAGCAGCAGCAGCAGCAACAACAGCAACAGCAACAGCAACAGCAACAGCAACAGCAACAGCAGCAGCAACAGCAACAGCAGCAACAGCAACAGCAGCACCAACCGAAUAGAACUCCAGGAGCUCAGGUUGCAAGCCGAUUUGACACUGAAGACCAGGAAGACCGUAGAGAUGUACGGUUACGAUGCGUUCAGAUUCCGUACCUAAACCAGCAGAUGCUUUGCAAUUUAUAUCGCUAUGAAUGGGUACCAUUACAAGGUGUAUGCAUAGACAGAUCGAAAUGCUAUGAGGUUCGAAAUAAGCGCCAGAUCAGCUUGCAGCAGCCACAGCAACAGCAGCAGCAGCAACAGCAGCAGCAACAGCAACAGCAACGAUCACCGCUAUACGUUGACCAAGUCAUACACCAGGUUGUGCUGGAUGUGAACGAGCAAGGUACGGAAGGUGGUGCGGUGACACUGGCCGUAAUCGAUCGUAUUGGACCGUCCCUGACUGUCGACGUGGACCGACCGUUCGUGAUAUAUAUUCGACACGAUAUCACAAACCUGCCUCUUUUCUACGGUGCGGUAUAUGAUCCACGGACACAGCAGAGACAAGGAUUCUUUGCUUCCAUUUGCCACCGUAGGCAUCCUGCGGGUUCGAAACAUCACCUGAUAACCCUCGCCAACGGUCUGUUUGUACGGAAUGGUUACAACCUGAGCCGCUGGUACCGUCAGGCAUCGAUGAACCUAUACCAGUCCGAGGUGCAGCCGCUUGACUUCGCCAAAGAUACGACCGGUUCGACGAGCUACAUCAAUCGAUGGGUGAGCGAGAAAACGCAUGGCAAGAUUCCAAAGAUCCUGUCGUCGCAACUACAACCGGCCACGACACUCGUGCUUGCCAGUGCCCUGUACUUCCGGGCACUGUGGGCCAAAACCUUCAUCGAAGGUGCAACGAAGCUGCGAGAAUUUUACCCAGACGGUAAAGAUCACCCGCCAAUCAUGGUGGAUAUGAUGGGACACGGUGGUUGCUUCCCGUUCUACGAAUCGGCCGAACUGGACGCCCGGAUAGUGGGAGUGCCGUACAAGCGGGGCCUCACCACGAUGUACGUCAUCAUGCCGAACGACUCGAACCGGGCGAAGGUGCUCGCCCUGAUGGCUAAGCUGAACAGUGGGAACCUCAAUCAGCUAAUCGACAAUAUGACGAUGAAGACCGCAAUCAUGCUGUUCCCGAAGAUGCACAUCAGCAAUUCGCUCGAUCUGAAACGUGUCCUGCAGACGCUCGGUGCACGAUCGCUCUUCUCGACCUCGCACAGCAAUCUGACCGGUAUGGUGUCGGAACUUUGGAACGGAGAUGAGUUUACAAUCCGAUAUCAAGAGGAACACCUUUCGUUCGCACCGGAGCAACGGCCAACGGUUAACAUCCCACCGUACAUCAUGCACCCAACGCCAUCGGUGGGGGAUGCGAUAGUAUUUCCACGCAUCCAGCACAACGACACCUCGGACGAUGAAAUGCUGACGACCACCGACGGUGUGCCAAGCACUAAUCUGCCGGCAGAAACUACGACCUCGACUCCGGAGCGUUCUGGUCGCGGGAAGCGUGGUGUUAGCUACAAGGUUCCGAGCAGCAAGCAGACUCAUCAGGUUCCGUUGCGCAGUAAGGACUUUAUCUUGAACAAGCGUAUCAUCAAGGAGAAUGGUCCGGUUGGUAAGAAGGGUUUACGAAGGCGUACUAGACGUGACACUGCCAGUCUCACUCCCGAUCAGCUCCUCUACGUCAGCAAUGCGGUGCAUCAGGUUGAUCUGGAGAUCAACGAAAAGGGUACCGAGGGUGGUGCGGCGACGAUCAUAACGCUCAACCGAUCCGGCACUAAUGUGGUGUUCCGGGCGGACGCACCGUUCCUGCUGCUGAUUCGCAACGAUAGAACGCGAAUGCCACUGUUCUAUGGUGCCGUUUUCGAUCCGACUUCCUAAAUUCCCUGCUCGUCGAAAAUUGAGGGAUGUUUAAUCAUCGCCAGCGAGCGAGGCGAUAACAACGGGGUGGCAAACGUUUUGAGGCCAUUAGGCAAUAUAAUAUCCUCUCUCGAAAAGCGAUGCUAAAGAUAAUUUUAUAUGAAAAACAUACUUAAAUGGAAAUAAAGUUUUUCUACUUAACUAAUAACCUGCGCUCAGUUUG